AACCAUUUUUGAUUGUUGUUAUUGCUUACAAAUUACAGUAACGUAUUUUAUAAUAAUUGAUAUUUUAAUUUAUGAUUUGUUUAUAAAUUUUCAUUUUUCUACUAAUGCGAAUAUGUAUCUUCUAUACUCGUAUUUAACAGCUCUUUUUUCUCGGGUUUAAGCACUUAUUUAAUGAACCAUUAUCAGAAUUAAACACCAUCUGAACUGAUUGACGCGUGCAAACCGCGUCAUAGUAAAAACUUUAAGAACCAAAAGGUAUAUGGAGGUAAUAUGGAAUGUUAUCGUUUUAGGCAUAUCUAUAUAUAUAAAGCUAAAUAUGAAAAGUAAUUUUUUUUAUCACACAUUCUAGCGUUUUAAGGAAAUAAAUCAGUUUAUAAAAGAAAUAUGAUUAAAUAAUUCGUAAAUAUAAGAAAUUUCGAAAAAAGAAAAAAUAGAACAGGAGACCUAUUCUUUGGUUUUGACUGAAUAUGAGGUGCUUAUAAGAGAAGCAAGUCACUUCAGAGGUUACGAUGUCAGUCAAUUACAAAAUUUUCGGUCAAGUCAAUUUCUUUAUAAUCUAAAUUUCUGCAUCUGAGGAAAUACCAAAGCUUUUUUACUCUGAAAAAAGAGAGAGGAAAAAAACGCAAAAUGGAGAAUAUGUUAGGCCUUCUAAGACUUCAUGUGAUUAGAGGUGUUAAUCUCGCCAUUAGAGAUUCCAAAAGUAGCGAUCCUUACGUCAUUGUUCGUAUGGGCCAACAGAAAUUACGAACUCGUGUGGUGAAAAAGAAUUUGAAUCCAGAAUGGAACGAAGACUUGACACUCUCUAUUUCUGAUCCAGUUCUUCCUAUCAAAAUCAUGGUUUACGAUAGGGACUGGUUCUCAAGGGAUGAUAAGAUGGGAGAUGCGAUUUUUCACAUUGAUCCAUUCCUUGAAGCCAUCAGGAUCCAAAACCAGUUCAGAGGACUCCCCGAAGGAACUGUAAUAAUGAAGAUACAGGCAAGCAGGCAGAACUGUCUAUCAGAAGAGAGCAAGAUUGUGUGGAACAAUGGAAAGAUUGUCCAGAAUAUGUUCCUUAAGCUCCAGAACGUUGAGUGUGGAGAGGUCGAGCUUCAACUUGAGUGGAUCGAUGUCUCAGGUCUUCUGAGUAUAAAUGAGCAUGAGGAUGUUGCUUACUAGAUCUAUUAUCUUAUUACAUCAAGUUUGUUAGAAAAUAUACUAGUUAUGAAGCUGGCGUGGGGGAGUUAUGGGCUUUAAACCAAAACUCCCCCAAUUGUUUUUUUAUAAAUUGAAAAGAAAAAACUCUUCUCUGGUUUUGUGUUCUUACUCUAACAAGAAAAACAUAACACACUUUGUUGUAGAGAGAGGAAACAAGGAAUGAGAUGAAAUCAAGUAGAUAGCAUAAGAUGAGAUGGAGAAACUGAUUUUUUUCUCUCAUUUUACACAA